AAGAAUAAGAGAGGAAAAGAAGACUAAGAUUGCAGCAAAAAUAAAAAGAAGAAAGGCUUUGUAUUGGAAACAGUUUUGUAAGACUGACUUUACUACUGAGUCAGUGAGUGAAUGAAUUCCAUAUAGAGUUAUAAAGACUACUACUACUACUCCAUCUCUCUCUGUCUCAUAGUCAGUCACACACAAUAAAGAGAGAGAGAAGAAGAAGAAGAAGAAGAAGAAUAAUCUGAAGAGAUCCAUUGAAUUUGAAUUUGAAUCCUUCUUCUUCUUCUUCAUACAUACUCUCACCAACUUCAUCUUCUUCACUCAUUCAUUACUUUCUGAACUACAACCUCGAUCUUUUCUCCAUUUUCAAUUUCAAUGGCUACCACUUCUUCUUCACUCUACACGUGGCUUGAACCAUCUUGCAUGUCAGUCACGUGCGAAGCUGACCGUAUCAGAACAUCUUUUCACUCUCGCAGAACCCACAACAACACUCUUUUUCGAUCCAAUUUCAAUACUAAACAAAAACCAUUCAUUCAUUCUGGUAAAACAAUGGCAGUAGCUUUGGAACCUGCCCAAGAGGUCACAAUAAAGAAAAAACUUCCUACAAAGCAAAGACGGGUAGUUGUGACAGGCUUGGGCGUGGUUACACCACUUGGUCAUGAUCCAGAUAUCUUCUACAAUAAUUUACUCAAUGGUGUUAGUGGUAUAAGUGAGAUUGAGAAUUUUGAUUGUGCAGAAUUUCCGACAAGGAUUGCUGGUGAAAUUAAGUCUUUUUCAACUGACGGAUGGGUAGCACCAAAAUUUGUAAAGAGAAUGGAUAAAUUUAUGCUCUAUCUGCUAACAGCUGGAAAAAAAGCAUUGGUGAAUGCUGGAAUUACUGAAGAUGUGAUGGAUGAGUUAGAUAAAACCAAAUGUGGAGUUUUAAUCGGCUCAGCAUUAGGUGGCUUCAAGGUUAUAAGUGAUUCCAUCGAAGCUUUACGAAUAUCAUAUAGGAAGAUGAAUCCUUUCUGUAUUCCUUUUGCAACAACAAAUAUGGGCUCUGCCAUGCUUGCAAUGGAUCUGGGAUGGAUGGGCCCAAAUUAUUCUAUCUCUACAGCUUGUGCGACAAGUAACUAUUGUAUAUUGAAUGCAGCAAACCAUAUCAUCAGAGGUGAAGCCGAUGUGAUGCUUUGUGGGGGCUCAGACUCUGCUAUUAUUCCAAUUGGUUUGGGAGGCUUUGUGGCAUGCAGGGCACUCUCCCAAAGGAAUACCGAUCCUUCUAAAGCGUCACGCCCUUGGGAUACUAAUCGUGAUGGAUUUGUCAUGGGGGAAGGGGCUGGUGUUUUGGUUUUAGAAGAAUUGGAGCAUGCUAAGAAAAGAGGUGCAAACAUAUAUGCAGAAUUUCUUGGUGGAAGUUUCACCUGCGAUGCAUAUCACGUGACUGAGCCACAUCCUGAUGGGGCUGGUGUAAUACUUUGCAUUGAAAGGGCAUUGGUCCAAUCGGGAGUUUCAAAAGAGGAUGUGAAUUACAUAAAUGCUCAUGCUACAUCAACACCAUCUGGUGAUCUUAAGGAAUACCAAGCUCUGAUUCAUUGUUUUGGUAAAAACCCUGAGCUUAGAGUGAAUUCUACGAAAUCUAUGAUCGGUCAUCUACUAGGUGCAUCCGGUGGUGUAGAAGCUGUAGCAACAGUACAGGCAAUCAGGACAGGGUGGGUUCAUCCUAACAUCAACCUUGAAAACCCAGAUAAAGAUGUGGAUACUAAAGUGCUUGUAGGCCCAACAAAAGAGAGAUUGAAAAUCAAGGCUGCCUUGUCCAAUUCAUUUGGAUUUGGGGGACACAAUUCUUCAAUUGUAUUUGCCCCUUAUAAAUGAAGCAGAUUUCAGAUUAUACUGCAUUCAUGUUAUUAUAAAGAAGUUACCAAGUACCAAGGCAAUGUGUUGCAUAUUAACUCUACUCCUUGGUUGGGUGAAAAUAUAUAUUGAGAGGGGUAUAUUAUGCCUUGUAGAAUCAGAAAGUGCAUAGAUAUGUGGUGCUUGUGGUGGGAGCGAGUGGGUUUAUCCUCUAUCUUAGCAUGAAUGGCUGAAGUAGGAAUUGACCCCCCUUUGAUGUAAACUUUUAACAAUAACAACCACUUGGUUGGCUAUCAUAUACUCUUCUAUUUUUUUUUGUUUUAUUUUCAUAUUAGUAGUACACCUGGCUGCACAUUGAAAAAUAAAAAAUUUCAGUGAUUAUUCACAGAAAUUUAUAUCCUUGAGAUUCAUUCAAAUUUGAUGACAGUUGACUUUUUGAUAAGUGGAGCUGUCAAUUGAUAGUGAUUAUAGAUUUUGUUAUGCGUUAA